ACUAGUACGCAGUACGCACUACGCACCAGGUUAGGAAUUUUGAUUCACCGUUGAGCGGUCGACGUUGAUAGUUACAGCAUAAUGGGCUCCGAUUAGUAUUGGUCAUAGAGAGAGGAUAUGUCGAAGCUAUUGUCGAGAAUUGCUGGGCUUUUCAGUAGUCGCAGUAUCUCUGGUAUAGACAAGACAGGGAACAGAUACUUCGCCAGAAAGGAGGAGAUUGAUGGUAUAGUAAAAGAGAAAAGAUGGGUGAUUUUCAAAGGUGAGGAGGAUCCAACCACAAUUCCUGUUGAAUGGAUAUGUUGGCUCAAUGGGCAGCGCAAAAGAGCUCCAACUCCUGAGGAAAUGAUGGAGCUGGAAGUAAGGCGUGAACGUGUCAGGCUAAAUGUUGAACUUCUUAAGAAAGAGGAAGUGGAGAAGAGGGCCAAAGAAGGUCCUGCUCAUAAAGUCAAAGCUGGAGGCCCAGACUUGAAAAGUUUCAUUCGGAAAUUUCCUUCUUCAGAAGCCGAUAAAGCUGAGGAAGUAUCUGGUGCAAGGGAUGAUGAAAGGAGUAAAGAGACGGAGGCAGGGAAAGCAAAAGAAGAGCCUUCGCCAGAGUCUUCAGAACCCACAGGAUCCGGUGCAUCCUUCAAACCUGGAGCAUGGCAACCACCAACAUAAGCGUGACAAGUUGAUGGAUCCGAGUAAAAUAUCAUUCAACUGUCGUGAUCCUUGCCUUGGCGCGUCUGGUUAGCUGUUCCAAAUUCCAUAACAAGGUUCAACUAACUUUACUAGUUAUGGAACGCACCAUUUUUAGCUUUGGCACACAGCGCAGACACAAUCACACAAACCUUUGUUGAACAUUCAUUGUUUGAAAAUCUCACACUAGAUUUCUAGUAAAGACUGAAAGGCUAUUUGUGCAUCUGCCAAUUAAAAUUUAUAAUAAAUGUAUUAACCAGUGAGAAUUUUGGAGUUAUCUACUACUUCAGUUUUUGGUCUCCUGCUUCUAUGAAACUGUUUUGUGCUUA